AUGCAUCUCGCCCCGGCUUUUGGCAUGAAGCUAUCAUUUGUGGAUGAUAUUCAUGCAAAGUUAGCUCCACUCAUUUAUAAGUCUCAAGAGAGAUCACCGACCACUCCGACCCUUUCUCUUGCCGACACCAGGGCUGUAGCUGAUAUGGCCCAUAUCGGAGGGUCCUUGGCUGUUGUGGACAACACAUUCUUGUCACGACAUUUCCAAACAUCUCUUGACUUUGAGCAAACAGUGUGUUUGUUCUGUGACAAAAUAUAUCAGCGGCCACACCAUGAGAUCCAGAGUACUUCAAAUUCAAAUGCCCAAGGGUGCUUGAUGAGGGCAAUUACUUUGAACUGCCUCAAGACCAAAUGA